ACCAGAUGAAAUAUGGCAGCACAAAUGCAAUGGGUAUUGGGAAAAACACAUACAAUGGCUCCAUCUCCUGGCAAAAUGAUGACAGUACACAUGUCUCAAUAGGGAAGUUGCGAACCAGCUGGAAUCUGUUGUUGGAAACACAUGGCAGACCAUAUUAGGGCUCUCGUCGGAGUUCGCUGAAUAUAUGAGCUUAUUUUCCCUGUAUAUUGGUUCAUUUUGUUUUCUGAAUAUCCAUGCAUCGCCAACUUGGAUAGCUAGUUAGUCCCCCCCAGUGCCCCGUGGACGGCUUGCAAAACGUUUCUGGUUUUUUUUCCAUCUUUGUAGUAUCACUGACCGAUAACUCUUGGCUGGAGAAAACAAGUAGAAGAUCUUUUGAGUGACGAAUGAUGGAAAGCUAUUUCUCGCCGUCCUUUUCUUGGAUAGGUGCUUGUUUUCUCCGGAGAAUACGCCAGUUAAUUCCCGCCGGCUUCAAGGAUGAACUAAAAAACCUGUCAAUGUUGGCUUUGCCUGCGAGUCUGACACAGCUCCUGGUGAUGACUGUGGGUUGUGUCAGCGCUGCUUUCUGCGGUCAUUUGGGAAGGGUGGAGCUGGAUGCAGUAGCUCUGGCCACAGCCAUUGUGAAUGUCACAGGCAUAUCUGUCGGUGUCGGGCUGUCAUCAGCGUGUGAUACUUUGAUUUCUCAGACGUACGGUGCCCACAAUCUCCUGAGAGUCGGGGUGAUCCUGCAGAGGGCAAUCAUCGUCCUCAUCUUGACGUGUUUCCCAUGCUGGGCCCUGCUCAUCAACACAGAGUCCAUUCUGCUGCUUUUGGGACAAGAACCGGAGGUUGCCAGGUUGUCUCAGCUGUACGUGAAGAUCUUCAUGCCCGCACUUCCUGCUUCAUUCAUGUAUGAUCUGCAGUCGAGAUACUUGCAAAACCAGGGGAUCAUCUGGCCACAAGUGAUCACUGGCUUUGUGGCCAAUCUCAUCAACGCCCUCAUGAACUACAUCGUUCUCUUUGCAUUCAACAUGGGAGUUGUAGGUUCUGCUCUUGCCAACAAUGUGUCGCGGUUUUCCAUGGCUGGCAUUCUCUACGCUUACAUCUUGUGGAAAGGUCUUCACAAGGUCACGUGGGGAGGCUGGUCCAAAGAUUGUCUGGAGGACUGGGGCUCCUUCUUCUAUUUGGCUCUUCCCAGCAUGGUCAUGAUGUGCGCGGAGUGGUGGACCUUUGAGAUUGCCAUCUUUCUAGCAGGUCUCAUAAGUGAGGUAGAACUCGGAGCUCAGUCCAUCAUCUACGAACUCACAAACUGUGCUUACAUGUUUCCUUUGGGUUUCAGCGUGGCAGGAUGUGUUAGAGUGGGACACACUCUGGGAGCUGGAAAGUCCCACCUGGCCAAGUUGUCUACAAAACUGACGAUAUUCUGCGCAGCAUCAGUCUCCGUAUGCUUGGUGGUCAUCAUCGGCAGCUUUAGGCAUCACAUUGCCUCACUCUUCACGUCCGACGAACAAAUACAGCUCAAGGUUGCUGAGGUUAUGACGCUCUGCGUUCCGUUCAUGCUGAUGGAUUCGAUUGCAGUGGCCGGAGGAGGGAUUAUCAGAGGCAUGGGGAAGCAGAAAGUCGGAGCCCUCUGCACCAUUCUAGGUUAUUAUGGGGUGUGUCUACCUGUCGGAGUGCCACUGAUGUUUUCAGCCAAAUUAGGAAUCAAGGGUCUGUGGACAGGUUUCUGUUCCUGUAUGUUUCUGCAGAACUGCAUCCUGGUUGUCUACUUGGCAAGGAUAAACUGGGAGCAAGUUACACUUGAGGCUCAGAUGAGAGCUGGUGUUAGCAGGAGUUCAGUAGACCCACAGCAUCAAAGCGAAGCGCUCGAGCUGUUGGCCCCCGAGGAUAAAGAAGAGGAGGAGGAGGUGGCAGAGGUGAUGAACGCUGCAGGCCAAAGGAACUUAAUCCUGCGUCGAGGCCUUCUUGUAUCUCUCAUGAUCUUUAUUCUGGCUGUGGGGAUUGUUGUCAACCAGCUGUUGACCAACCACCUGCUCACAAGGGCCCAUGAGUGAGGUGUGGAUAAUAAAAGAUGUAUAAAUGAUGCAACAGGAGUGCCAGGUCAGAUGAGGUGAACGCCCAGGAAUAGGUAAUUUUGAAUUUGGAAACGAUUUAAAUUGUUAUUUUCAAAUUCGAACACGAGAACCGCCCCAAACCCAAUUUAAAGUUUGGCCACAGUCCACACAAUUUCAAUGCAUAUGAUAUAGAUUAAUAUGCCACAAAGGCAUAUGAUGAUUUGUUACGCUAUGAAUGAUACAAAAGUGAUAUCAGUCUUCUAAUAUGGAUUGCAACCAUAUUCACAUGACGCUUGACAAUGCAUUAUGAUGGCUUGAUUAAUGUAAGUGAUGCUUUACUAUAAAUG